UAUUACAUACUAGUCGCCGCACUUCAGUGCGACGCCAAUAAUAUCGGGGGGGGGGGGGGGGUCGUGUCAGUGUAAUUUAGUUACUAAAAUACAAAGCUAUAAAUACUUCACAGCUUGUGUCGAUUGUAUUUAUCUGAAUACCUGAAUUGUAUCUGUAUUUGAGAGAGCAUGAUUUGAUCUCAUACCUUUAAACGGUGAUUUAAUGACAGGGAAGUAAACUUGAUUGCGGUGUACAUUAUUCUCAGUUAUUAAACAUUUUAAAAUGGGAACUGGUUCUUCAAAGCCGAAGGGUUACUUAACAAAGCGACGUGUGGUUGUACUAGUACAUGACAAUAGAUCAAAUCUGAGUAAUGCUUGAGGAUGUGAAAUAAACCAAUAAGACAAUCCAACGAUGCUUUAUAUGGUUUGCAAUCGUUAACCACGGAAAAAUAAACAAGUUAAAAGGAAACCAACUCAAUAAUAAAGGAAACACAUAUCCAAAAACUUGUCAUCGAAAGUAUCCAAUGGUCAAGUGAAGGAAUUGGAUAAGUAACUGCGUGAAGAUUUAUACAUCAACCGUCCACCAUUAAUUUUAGAAACUAUCAUAAACAGCAGUUUGUGUUUCAUCUUGCAGAACAAACCAAGUAGACAGGCUGAUACAAAUAAAGCUUUCCAAUAUAAUAAUAGUACAUCCGUUGACUUUAUCGGUGGACCUAUGGAGGGAACAGGUUGUAUAAAAGAAGAACCUAAGUCUGUCAUGACAAUGCCAAAUGUUGUAUCUAAAGAAUUGGAUAAUCAGGUAGAUGGUUCAUUCGUUGACUUAAGUGUUGGAACUAUGGAGAAAACAGGUUAUAUAAGCAAAGGAACCACACGUGUCACACCAUUACAUGCUUCUUCUGUCAAAGAUUCGGAAAAUGAGGAGGCUGAAGAGGAUAACACGACGAAAGAAAAUCUGACAACACGAUCGGCAGAUGAACACGAACCAUAUAACAGCAACCAAACCAAAGAACCAAUUACAAAUCUGGAAAACUUUCCGAAAACCCUAGAAACCAUUUCUAAGGAAGAACCUGAUGAUACAGUAAAACGUGUUUUGGAUCAGUCUUCUAACGAAAUGCCUGGUACAAUAGAAGGAACGCCACACUCAUCAGCUAUUGCAGGCCUUUCCAACGAAUCAGGUGCAGCAUUGGGAAUGAGUACAAAAACGGAACCAAUUCCAAUCAUUCCUUCAAAACAACCAGAUUAUGAAACUUCCGAUAGUUCAGAUGCUACAAAACCUACCGAAAAAUCUGUGGCAUAUGACGAAAAAGUCCCCGAACGCCGUGAAGACAACCUCAAGUUUUACAGAAAUGAAAUUGCGUCUAAGCCGUUUCCAGGCAGUGAUAUUGAAGAAAUGUUAAAAUGGCACGGCGAUUAUAAAAAAUUAGAAAACGGGCAUUCGUACAUUCAGUGGUUGUUUCCGAUUCCGGAGUCAUCUGGUUUGAACUAUUCUGCACAAGAACUGUUUCCAUACGAAGCGGAGGAAAUACGGAAUAACAAAGAAACACUUGAUCGAGUUCUUCGUGCGUAUAAAAUGAUGCUGAAUUUCUACGGAAUGGAUCUUGUUGAUGAGACAAGUGGAAAGAUACGUAGAUGCGAAGCCAACUGGGUAGAAAGAUUUGAACACCUAAACAGGUCCUUUCACAACUACCUUCGAAUAACAAGAAUACUUAAAAGUAUUGGAGAACUAGGGUACGACAGAUACCAAAAACCGCUUGUAAAGUUCAUAAUUGCGGAGGCGGUUAUAACUAAAAAUUUGUCUAACCUGAACGCUGACAGUAUGAACUAUUGGAUAAAUGCCAUCAAAGACCACAGCGAAAUGACUGAGAUGUAUGAACUGUGGCAAGAGACGUGCGAAAACCCCGAAAACUUUGAUGAGUUCGGUAAUGUUAAAUCAAAUAACUCAGAAAACAAAUUGGCAGAGCAGAGUGGCAUGGUUGCAGGUAUUGAUGCAGUGGCGAAGACGGGGGAACCACCGAAAAUCACAGAGGUUGAAGACAGCAAAUCUGACCAUACGUCAGCGAAAGAAGAAAAUGAGAUAGAAUCCUCGGAUAAAAGCUAUCAAAAUACCCCAAAAUAUGCAGAUGCGAUCAGUUGAUGAAAUCCGUCUUUUACCAAUUAUUGUUAUGAGCCUCGGUGAUCUUGGUUAUAAGCGGUAUAAAGAUGCGCUAGUUAACUUCUUGGCUACAAAAGUGAAUGAAGAGUUACCAGAUAUUUAUAAUAGCAUGAGAUAUUGAAUUGAAGCGAUAAAAGACGCACGCAAUACACUUUGCAGCAAUGGGCAUCCAACUCCACAGGCACACACUGAUGGUAUACAUAUAAGUCCAGAAGAAGAAAAAUCAAACGAUAUCGUUGUUCAUGACGAAAAGGUAAUACCGAGCACAACUGUUGAGGAGAUAGCAUCGAAGAAAAACAUUAUUGAUAACAAUGUCAACAUCAAAGACUCAGUCAAACAUCCUGAGUCGAAUGAUAAUCCUGAAGCGCAAAGUAAAAACUCCAGUAGAACUGAAUCUUUCAAACAUUUUGAUUAUCACGUUAUAGUCACUAGCAUAUACCAGAGCAAUGAAUCACCGACUUAAACAGACUUUCAUGUCCAAACAUUGCACCAACAAGGCAUAUUCCAUUGAUCUUUAAUUCUGUUCCAAAAACUGACUCCAUUGGUGCGGUGAAUAAACAUUGCUUCUUUAUUUUAUUUGGGAUAUGAGAACCUUAAUGUAAAACGUCAUUCUAUGAGUGGUACCAUGUUAUAUAUAACAAAAUUGUAUUGUUGAGGUAUGACUAGUUCUUCUAUUUGUUCAUUAAUUUUGGAAAUGGUGUUGCCACUUUUGGGAUUGACAUCACAUGUGACGAUACAAAUGUCAUCAGGUUUUCUUAUUUGUUAUAUUGACUUGUUUUUACGGGGUUUAAUCGAUAUCGUUGCCUAGAAAUGAACCAUUCUAUAUAAUAACGAAUAUGUAUCGCAGUCGAGUUUGUGUAUUUUAUUUCAUAAAUGCAUAUAUAAUUGAAAAUUUAAAGCAUAAUUAAUUCUA